AUGGGCGCAAUGGCGGACGGACGCGCGGGCGGCGCCACCCCCUUGGCAGCGCUGCGGCAUGCGAUGCUGGCGAUGGCGUCGGUCCCAGCGUCAGAUCUGCGCCAUCCAACGGCUCCUAAUCCGCGCCCCGCCCACCCUCUCCCAUCCGCGCCACACGACACGUCCUGGGCACAUGGUAGCAGUGGCGGCCACGGCAGCAGCGGUGGCGACGGCGGCGGCGGCGGCGGCAGCAACAGCUGGAGCCUUUCCGCGUUUCUGGAAGCUUCCACGUUUGGGUCGGUUGCGGGUGCGAGUGGCGUGGGAGGCGCAGGAGGGUUUCCGUCUGGACACAGCAAAUUGCAGCCCGAAACAGGUGGAAACGUGUCGAGGAGUGGCGAUGAGAGAUUGACACUGACAGGGGCGGAGACAGCUAACGUGCCUGGAGCGCCACAGAUAUUAAAAUUUCCUGCUGCGCGGGAAACGUCCAAGGACGUGGGAAUGCGGGAGUUGGAAGCUCUUCCUGUGUGUUCGCCUGGGGUUUUGAAGGACUCGUGGGAGAAGCAGCUGCUGACCUUGUUCUUCCAGCAGCAGCAACAGCAGCUGCAGCAGCAGCAGCAGCAGCAUCAGCAGCAGCAGCAACCGCAGCAGCAGCAAUCGCAGCAGCAGCAGCAGCAGCAGCAGCAGCAGCAGGGGCUGCCCUUGCAGGAGGCAGAGAGGUUGGGAGCCGACGAAUCGAGCCUGUCGCUUUGGUUCAGGCAGCAGCUGAGCAGAAGGCUUGGGAAUGACAGGUUGGGAACAGGUUCGGUGGGUGUUGUGGAGACAGAUGGGGAUGGUACUGCUGCUGCUGCUGCUGCUGGUGGUGUUGGUGGUGGUGCUGCUGCUGCUGGUGGUGGUGGUGCUGCUGCUGCUGGUGGUGGUGGUGCUGCUGGUGCUGCUGCUGGUGCUGCUGGUCCUGAGUCCGCAUCAUUGUUAUCUGGCUUACAAUCAGGUGCUAUCAAGUUUUCUGAGAAGCAUUUUGAAGCAGCAGGAGAAGAGCAGAAGGAAAUCGGUGCUGGGCCUGACAUGGGCAGAAGGGAGGUGAAACCGGCGGGAGGUGCGUGGGAAGGGUGUGAGGAACGGGUUCUUGAAGUGGGUCGAAAGGGAGAAGGAGGUGGGUGGGAAGGGUGCGAGGAAAAGAACUUUGAAGUGGGUAGGAAAGCAGGGGGAGAUGUGUGGCGAGGGGAAAGGGUUGAUAAGGCAAGGGGUGCUGAGGCGAUCUUUGAGUCGAUUUCUGAGCCGACUCAAAAACUGGUGGGAGGUGCGUGGGAAGGGUGUGAGGAACGGGUUCUUGAAGUGGGUCGGAAAGGAAGGGGAGGUGGAUGGCGGGGGGGGAGCCCGGAGAAGGGCGAUGAUGAGGCAAGGGGUGUCGGUGGAGGUGGGAAGAGUGGGGCAAGAGAUGGCUUGGGGACGGAUUUGAGCCUUGCUGUUGGUCAGGGAAUGGGGAUGGGGAGAAGAGGGGAGGAGGAAGAGAGGCGGACGGAAGAGAGAACAGUGAUUGCAGGGAGGAAAGAGCGGGGGGAUUCUUUGGCAUCCGUGCUUGCUUUGUCAACAGCAGGAUGCUCUGCAGUGGCUGCUGCUGGGGCCGGGUCCCUUCCUUGCAGCAUUGCAGCAACCAAAAGCACCCGUUCUUCUACUACUGCAGGGGCUACGUUGGCUUCAGCAACAACGGCUGUAGCAGCUAUCGCCCCUGCUCCUGCUGCAAUGAUGGCCGCUGGUGCAGUUUUGGGUCCUGGAUUGCUUAUGGCGGCUCCUGCGGUUAUGGCAGCGGCUGGAGCAGUGGAAGGAGGGGGGGCAGGGAGUGGUGGCGUGAGGCUGUUUGGAGUUGAUAUGGUGUUUCCUCACUGA